AUGGAUAAUGAUUAUUAUAUUUCUCAUGGUUCUUUACAUGAACAAAAUCGCAUGAUAUCUGAAACUAUUUCUAGUUCAUCGGACUAUUUAUCUUAUUCAUUACCAGAAUUUCAUACGGAAAAAACACCAAAAAAACUGAAUGGUAAAUUAAAACAACAACAACAACAACAACAUCGAAUAAAAACUGGUUUAUCAAAAAGUAAAACUCAAAUUACAGAAAAAGAAGCCAAAGAUGCAAUUAUGAGAGGUUUAGUUACUGAAACCGAUGAUAUUGAUCUAACUAAAUUAUCAGGCAUAUCAACACUAUCUCAACAAGGUCGACGAUUUGGUGCUGCGGUAAAACCACCAUAUUCUUAUAUUGCACUGAUAACAUUAGCUAUUGAAAGUUCAAAAGAUGGUAAAAUGACUCUUAAUGAAAUCUAUAAAUUUAUACAAGAUCGUUAUCCAUUUUACAAUGAAACAACUGCUCAACGUUGGCAAAAUUCCAUUCGACAUAAUUUAUCAUUAAAUGAUUGUUUUGUUAAAGUAUCACGAACAUCAUCAGAAAAUUGUUCACCAUCAGGUAAUAAAAGUAAAGGAAAUUAUUGGACAUUACAUGAUAAAGCUAAAAAUAUGUUUGGAAAUGGUACAAGUUUCUUACGUCGAUCAAGUCGUUUUAAAACACGUCCAAAGGUAUCACCAACAAAAUUAUUGUUAGCUUCAAGUUCAACAAAUAGUAGUUCGGGUGGUGAAGGAGAAACAUCAUCUUCAUUUGAUUAUGAUCAUAUAUCAACAACAAAUAUAUAUUCUCAAAACUAUCAUCAAGAUUAUGCAUUUGCAUCGACAUCAUCUUGGAUUCCUCCUCCUCAUCCUCCUCCAGCACAACAAUCACCUUCUAUUCAUGAUCCAUUCAAUAUGACACCAUCUUCUGUACAAUUUCCAUGUUAUGCAGAUCAAUUAUCAUCAUUUUAUUGUAGGCAAAAUAUUUCAAAUGGAUAUUAUAAUUCAAAUAAUCAUUAA